UCCUCCUCCUCUCUCUAUAUUUAAGAACCAAAAAAAAGAGACAUAAACCCUUGAAUACUCUGUCGACUUCCUUUCACUGAUUCAGCACUUUGCGAUGGCAUCGCACACCCCGAACUUCGAGUGCCGAAUGUACGAAGCCAAAUAUCCAGAGGUAGACAUGGCGGUGAUGAUUCAGGUCAAGAAUAUCGCCGAUAUGGGUGCUUACGUCUCCUUGCUCGAGUACAAUAACAUCGAGGGCAUGAUCCUGUUCUCCGAGCUCUCCCGCCGUCGGAUUCGUAGUGUGAGUAGUCUCAUUAAGGUGGGUCGAAUCGAGCCCGUUAUGGUGCUCCGGGUCGACAAGGAGAAGGGCUACAUCGACCUUAGUAAGAGGAGGGUUUCCGAGGAGGAUAUCCAGGCAUGCGAGGAGAGGUACAACAAGAGCAAGCUCGUCCACUCUAUCAUGCGUCACGUUGCCGAGACUAUGUCCAUCGAUUUGGAGGAUCUGUAUAUCCAUGUGGGCUGGCCUCUAUACCGGAAAUACGGUCAUGCUUUUGAGGCGUUCAAAAUAAUGGUGACUGAUCCUGAUUCAGUUCUGAAUUCUCUAACCCGGGAAGUCAAAGAAAUUGGCCCUGAUGGACAGGAGGUGACUAAGGUAGUUCCUGCUAUGUCAGAGGAAGUGAAAGAAGCACUGAUAAAAAAUAUUAGGAGAAGAAUGACCCCACAACCUUUGAAGAUUCGGGCUGACAUUGAAAUGAAAUGCUUCCAGUUUGAUGGUGUUAUUCACAUCAAGGAUGCCAUGCGACAAGCUGAGGCUGCUGGCAAUGAUGACUGUCCUGUGAAAAUUAAACUGGUUGCUCCUCCACUUUAUGUUCUUACCACUCAAACUCUCGACAAGGAGCAAGGAAUAGCAGUUCUCAGUAGAGCCAUUAUAGCUUGCACUGAGGCAAUAGAAAAGCAGAAGGGCAAACUCACAGUGAAGGAGGCACCCAGAGCGGUGAGUGAACGAGAUGAUAAACUACUUGCUGAGCACAUGGCUAAGCUACGGCAGGAUAAUGAAGAGAUUAGUGGUGAUGAGGAUAGUGAAGAAGAGGAAGACACGGGAAUGGGAGAAGUUGACGUGGAGAAUGCUGGUACUGGCAUAACAGACUGAAACGGUUUAGGGGCCAGCUAAAUUUUGUUUUUGUGUUUUCUUUUAAUCUAGCUCUGUUUAUGGUUGUAUACAACCAACCAAUUCCCAAAAUCUGCAUUAUUGACGUGUUUUGCGAAUUUACCAAGUGAUUGAGCAGUUUCUCAAGUGGGAAACAUUAUUACCACACUAUUCCAAACCUAAAUUGUUCGUGCUUUUGUGGGCAA